GGGAUCCUUCCGUCGGGAUGAAGAGUCUCUAUGAGUUUGUGCGCUCCGCUGUGAGCAGUAAUGGUGAGGAGGGGGGGGAUGGGUCAGAGGAGUGGGGGCCCCCGGUGCUGCUGGUGGACGACCUCAGUGUGCUGCUGAGUCUGGGGGUGAGCGCUGGAGCCGUGCUGGACUUCAGCCACUACUGCAGGGCCAUCGUCUGCUCCCAGCUGCAGGGUAACGUGGUGAUGCUGGUUCGCUGUGAUGGGGAGGGAGAGGAGGACGAGGGAGAUGAUGAAGGCUCAGAGAGACUGAUGAAGGGCCUCACCCACCAGUGCAGCCUCACUCUUCAUGUACAGGGUCUCCCAACCGGCUACUGCAGGGACAUACACGGGCAGGUGGAAGUGUGUUGGAGGAGGAGACAGGGCGACGGGCAGUACACUCAGAAGAAACUCUUUCAGUACAAGGUCCACGAUAAAGGAGCAUCCUUCUUCGCUCCCGGGACAUCCAGCGCUGUCCUCUAGUCUCACCUCUCUCUAUCCUCGUUGAACUUCUUCUCUUUUACAUCUGACCACUGGCUGUUUAUAUUUGAAUAACACCAGCUGUCAGGGGUUUAGCUACCUAAGGGUUUGGUGAACUUCCCAAACAUUCAGAGUCUCGCUCGUGUCAACGACCCAGCCUGGACCCUAGACGAUCUUUAGGAAGGAUACUGUGAUCCUGCUAGUCGAUUUUCUGGUGGUCUCAGAUCUCUGAAUUGCGUCACAUUUCUAAGAAUAGUUUUUUUUCAGCUUUUCCAAUAAGUUAAGAGAAGACAUAAUGUCUAUACAGUCUGAUUGCCAGGUACAAUGACCACAGGGAGACUCAAAACUAUAUAGAAAACCAAAACAACAACAAAAAGAGGCUAAUCACCUGUAAAGUCUGUGUGUUUUGCCCCUAUGUACGAUAGGCUCUUUGCAUAUCUGUGCCCCACUCUCAUGAUCAGCCCAUGUUUCCGUCUUGAAUCAUGAUACCACUGAAUGUAUGUUGGUUGAAUAAAAUGAUGUAAUAAAACAGUGGGCAAUAUUGUCAUUGUCAGUGUGUGAACACUAGAGGUCGCCCUGGCACUGCUCUCCUCGCUGCUGCAGGGUGAGAGUUCGGAGUGGAGAGGUCUGUCGGAUUUGACAACCAGUGGGUUUGAAACGCUGCUCCUUAAUGUCAGCAUCCUAUUCGAUGCAUCCAAAAUAGCCUUAAGCUCAUUUCCAAAACAAAGGAAUAACCCGGUGGUUGCUCGUCAGUUCACCGAGGAAGCCCACAGCAACAUCUACAUUUGAGGAUCUCUGAAGUUUGUCAAGGUCCCUGGAUGCCCCGCGGCGCUCCCUCCUCGACCGCGCCGUGCGUCCUGAUGGCCGGCAGUUGACCCCGUCCCCCAGGAUGACGCUGCGCGAGCGGCUGAGAGAGAAGAUCUCGGCGGCUUUCUACCGCCACGGGCUGCUCUGCGCCUCCUACCCAGUUCCCAUCAUCCUCUUCACCUCAGCCAGCAUCCUCACCUGCUGGU